GAAAAUGGCAGCCUUCUUGGAAAAAGCUCAGAUAUUUCAAUAGCUCUGGAGAAACUGAAACAUGAGGCGGGUUUUAUAGAUCCUCCUUCCUAUGGUGAUCAGUUGAGUGACGGACAAUUAGAACCCAGUGAGGAUUAUCUGCAACUCCUUUCCUGAAUUCAAAUCUGAUAGGAAAAGCCUCUGAGAAGAGUCAGUUGCCAAUGUUUGGUCGAGAUGCCGGGCUCUCAGGCUGCCAGACAAGUCUGCUUCGGUCUGACGUUGGUGUUGGAAGGCCAGAGCCCCUGGCUUGCUCAGGAAAAACUGGAACACCCCAUUAUCCGUUUUCCUCUGCAAAUCCACGAAGAAGGCCCCUCCGUGAUUCAUCUUCCCUUGAUUCUCUGCAGACAAAAAAAGUAAGGAAGGUCCCUCCUGGUUUGCCGUCUUCUGUCUAUGCACCUUCUCCUAAUUCAGAUGACUUUAAUAGAGACUCUCCGAGUUACCCAUCUCCUAAAGCACCCAGCAGUAUGUUUGCUAGCACUUUCUUGUUACAAGAUGGGACCCACGUUGCUCCUGAACUUUGGAGCCCCUCCCAUGGAGUGAGCCAGUCGGCUUAUGGUGGAAUGCUGGAAAGUCCUUCUCACCUGUCGCCCUCCGGUAGUUACGGCAGCCGGCAUCCCCACGAGCGCCUGAGUUGUCCUCCUCCUCCAGCUUCACCAACAGAUGGAAGCACUAGCCUUCCACCAAUGUCCAGCUUUCACCGGGGCAGCAACUCAUUAUAUGCCGCUGCCGCCACCACCUCUCAUACUCCACCAGUCAACGGAUCAGAGACCAGUGUGCUUGUUCAUAGAGGGAAUCCUGCUGGAAGUGCACAGACUGGGGAUGCCCUGGGAAAAGCUUUGGCCUCUAUUUAUUCUCCUGACCACACUAGUAAUAGCUUUCCUUCAAAUCCUUCAACACCUGUUGGGUCACCAUCAUCUCUCACAGGUGCUGGUCAAUGGUCAAGAACUGGAGGACAAGCCCCCCCAUCUCCAAGCUAUGAAAAUUCUUUACAUUCAUUGAAAAAUCGAGUUGAGCAACAACUUCACGAGCAUUUGCAAGAUGCUAUGUCCUUCUUAAAGGAUGUCUGUGAGCAGUCCCGGAUGGAAGAUCGCCUGGACAGACUUGAUGACGCCAUCAACGUGCUGAGAAACCACGCCGUGGGGCCUGCAGUGAGCCUGGCAGGGGCCCACGGAGAGAUGGAGGGCUUAUUGCGGCCAUCCCACAAUAGGCCCAUUAGCACGUUGAAUGCCACUUACGGCACAUCCGGCCUCGUCAUAGCCAGUAGACAAGCUUCAGUGGUCAGCACACAUCGGGAAGAUGGUGCCAGCCUCAGUAGCAAUAAUUCAGGGGUGUGCAACACUGUUCCUGCCCAGAGUACAGAACUAAAUCAUAAAACCCAAGAAAGCUAUAGAGUGCUGCCCGCUGGACUGCCAACCCCGUCAGUAGCGCUGGGCCCGCUGAAAAUCAAGUUGGAGCACAAGGAGAAGGAUGAAAAUGCAGAGGAGCCCGCGUCCUCCGAUGACGAGUCCUCCCAGAAGGAUAUCAAAAUCUCCUCCAGAGGCAGGACGAGUAGCACGAACGAAGAUGAGGAGCUGAACCCGGAGCAGAAGCUGGAGCGGGAGCGGGAGCGGCGGAUGGCUAACAAUGCCCGGGAGCGCUUGCGAGUCCGGGACAUCAACGAAGCCUUCAAGGAGCUGGGCCGGAUGUGCCAGCUGCACCUGAAGAGCGAAAAGCCCCAGACCAAGCUGCUGAUCCUUCACCAGGCCGUGGCAGUCAUCCUCAGCCUGGAGCAGCAGGUCCGAGAGAGGAACCUGAACCCCAAAGCAGCUUGCCUUAAGCGAAGGGAAGAGGAGAAGGGGCCUCUUGUUUCAGCAGAGCCCCCAGCCCCCCAUCCAGGAAGCCAUCCGGCGCUUAGUGAAGCUGCCACUCCAAUGGGACACAUGUGAACAUCAACAAGGUGACCUGUUUUACGUCUGCAGGGGUGGGGGGUGGGGGGCUGGCACGGGUGUUGGUGGCAGACAGAUGGCAAAAUCCAAACACUUGUCAGUUACAUUUUGGUGUUGAGUUGAACUGCAGCAUAAGAAAACCCAGACUGUGUGUUGGAAUCUUUUACUAUUUUAGUCCAAGAUCACCAGGACGAUUUAUGAAAAGCAGGAGUCACACUCCACAAAGCGUACGGCUUUUGUUGGGCGAGGCUGCUCAGCUCUGGUGCCUCAGAAUAAGAACGGGGUCCCCGGGAAGCAGAUCCUGCAGUGCAGAAGCCAGAGUCCCCCGUCCCCCCCGUGCCCUGUGACUGUCAGUGCUUCAGAAUUGCCCUUUUAAUGUCCAGAUCAGAAUCCAGAACUUCCAUGUGGAAGAGACCAAGAAGGGGAUCUUUUCUUCACAAGGACACGCAACGUAGCAUUCAACAGGACCAUCUUGCUGGAGAAACAACCCAUCCGGAAGUGGCCCUUUGAGACCACCCCCAGCCCCUGAACAGCGAAUGAGCAGCCAGCUCUUCUUCCAGCAGGACUCCCCCCCCCCCCCAAAGACGAUGGUGCCUCUCCUCCUCUUCUUUGCAGUUCUCCUGUCGCUCCAGCACAAUCAGAGACUCUGAUCUCCUCUCCACUUGGUGGGGGAACUGCCUUGUGCCUAAACCGAAUGGACAAAUGCAUUGUAACUACAAAACCUUAUUUAUUUGUGAUGGAGCUGUCAAGAUCCAUCCUGUGAAGGGAAACAUUGACACUCUGUUUAACGCUUGGUUGAGAUCCUGGUGUUGAGCAUUCCGAGAACGAAGCCACAAUGAUCCCCCCCUCCAAGCAUCUUAAAGAAGGGAGGAGGGCGGGUGCCAGCUCCCCUUGCUCUGGCCCUCAGACAAGUGUUUCCCGGGUAGGGGCCCUCUGGCGCACAGUCCCCGGCCUCUUGCCUCACAGGGAACCCCCCCCCCCUCUGCCUUUUGCCUUCUCCAGCGGCUUCUAAGGCUUGUACUGGGACCGAGAGGAAGCCCCUCUAGAGCGGCCCUGGAGCUGUAAGAACAAGCAGUGCACAACCUGGGUUGAAAUCUUGGCCUGGGAUGGGAGCAGUUCAAGAGGAGGAGCCAGGAGGCCCCGGUGCCUGGCUUCCCCCCUUCCUGGCCGCUUUCCCCUGUUGAGGGUGGAGCAGGGAGGGCCUCCCUCCGGGCAAUUCCUCCCCCUCUGAACUUCCAUGAAUGCUGUCUUCCACUGUGGCGGCCCAGCCCUCCUGAGCAAGCCUCUCCACCGGGAUUGGAGUGGCUCCCCCACCUUUGAGAGUGUUGUGGCUCUCACUGGUUUCCUCCCUACCAGGGGAGCCGGAUCUUUUGGAUGGUUCUUAGCACAGGCUGGUCUGUUCAGUAGCUGUCCCAACGUGACCCUGGGCAAGUCUCUGUGGCUCUGUUCUGCCCCCUUCUUGGGGUUCCCCAGUGGCCUUUGGCUCCUGGCUGGCGACUUCCUGGCUCGGUUGGGCUGUGCAGGAUGUGUGCUGUGCGCCCCAACGUUUCCCUUUGGGAAACCGAGAGAGAAGACGUUUGGCUUAUUUUUCACCGUAGGUAGUCUUUUAUACAAUAAUCUUGUAAGAAGUUUCCUGAAUUUUAAAUAUUACUCUUUCUAGAUUUUUGAAAUCAAAGGUUUUCAGUAAAAAAAUUCUUACUUUAUUUUACUAUAUUAGGUAGUAAGAAAUGUAGGGUUGUUUACCAUAACCUACCUGUUCAUUAAUAUCAAAAAUUUACAAUAGCAUUGUGAGAGCAUAGUAGGGUUCUAGCAUCCUGUGUAGUACCUUAUGGAGUAUUGUAAGAGCUAUUUGUCCGAGAUGAAUUGCUUCUCAUCUUGUUAUUCAAUUCCCAUAUGUUGGUUUAUUGGAAAUUUGUAUCUUGUGUCAAAUUUCAAGAUAUUACAGAUACACCUUUUUGACCAGCAACAAGCUCAACACUUUUUCUGUCUGUGUUGUCUAUCAGAAAACACUAUGUAUAUAACAUUUAUGUAGCAAUAAAUGUGCCAUCCUUUUGUAA